AUGGUUGCAAAACACAUAGAAUCAAAAGAUUAUACUUUCAGAAUCAACUUUAAAGCAGAGAGGAGGCAUAUUAUUUUAACAAAUAGAGGAUUACUUGUAAAAGAAGGAGAAGGGAAAUUAAUCACAAAGUCGGAAUUAUUUGUUCAAACCUUGGACAAGAGGACUUUCCAAUAUACAGUCACCAAGAGUCCGCAGCACGGGAAGCUGAAACUGAUUCGCUCUUCAGAUUCUCCUGGAAAUCAGGACAACAUCACCGCCUUCACAGAUCAAGACAUCUUGGGUGAGCAGCUGAUAUAUGAGCACGAUGACUCUGAGACCCAGAGUGAUGAAUUCCUCCUCGUGGUCUCCACCGCAGGACCAGACCAAGAGGGAGCGUUCAGGGAUCUUGACACGGAGCAUCUGUCUGCAGAAAUCAAAGCCACCAUUUCUGUGGAGUUAAAGAAUGACAAGAAACCAGUGUGUGUGGUGGAUAAGGUCUUUCAGGUUGUGCGGAAUGGCCAGCACUUGUUGACCCUCUCAGAUCUCUGCUACCAUGACCCUGACUCAGAUUUUGACGACGGGCAGUUGCUCUACAUCCGGUGGGGCAUCCCGAACGGGGACUUGGUGCAAGCCAGUGACCCAACUCAGAAACUCUACCGGUUCGGGCAAGAGGACCUGUGGGAAGGACGCGUACUCUUCAGGCACCGGGGUGCAGACUUGGCCCGCUUUGUGUUGUUUGUAACUGACGGUGUCCACUACACGUCAUCCCUCCUUGAGGUCAGCGUGUCAGACCCCUACGUCCGUGUAGUCAACAACACGGGGCUGCUCAUACAGAGAGGAAAAGACAGCAGCCUCACGACAGCCAAACUCAGUGUCACCACAAACCAUGAUGUCAGAACAGACCACGAGGUCCAAUUCCACAUCGUGCAGCCCCCAAACCACGGCAGCGUGCUGGUCAACAGCUCAGCGCCUGGCUCAUUUUCCGUGCAUGACUUGAAGCAAGGGCAUGUGAUUUACAGGCAUGACGGCAGUGGCAGCUUCGAUAUGUUCAACCUAAUAGUGCGAGUUAAAGAUAUACAUUUAUAUGUGGGAGUCUACGUGCAGGUGGACUCAGAAAGCCACCAACAUCACACACAAAUUCUGCACAGCAAGACCCUUGUGGUUGAAGAAGGAAAACCAGUAAAACUGAGUAGAGAAAGGCUCCAGGCUGUGCAUGAAGACCUUGUUCCUUCAGAGGCAGUGUUCAUUGUUAGAGCUCUGCCAGUGCAUGGAUACCUUCGAAGGUCUUUACCGGAGGAGGGUAGCGUGGGUACAGAGGACACGUUCCCUUUGAUGUUUACGCAGCCGGAUGUUGAUGAUGGUUACAUCCAUUAUGUACAGACAAUGCCUGACCAACAACAGGACCGUUUUAUACUGGAUGUUAGGAGUGGCUUCCAAGCUGUGAGCAGACUUGAAAUCCUGGUGGAUGUUGUCCCUAAACAGAUUCCUCUGGCAGUACAAAAUUUCACAGUCCAGGAAGGCGGCUCCAAGGCACUUCCGGAAGACUAUUUCAGAACUCCAAGCAAGCAUUUUGAGGGACUUGACUGUGAAUUUGUUCUACUCAAACCACCGAAACAUGGUUAUAUUGAAAAUUCUCAUUUUCCAAGAGUAAAGCUGAUGAAAUUUACCAGGAAACAGGUAGAAAAUGAAUUGAUUUCCUAUGUGCAUGAUGGUAGCGAAGAGCUUCUUGACAGUUUCACCAUCUUUGCAAAUAGCUCAGAGCUUGGAAAACAGAGUUUGCCCCAAACUCUUUUUGUGACCAUUGAGUCAGUAAACGAUGAGUCUCCAGUAAUAACAGCCAAUAAAAUCCUCCAGGUGUGGGUGAAUUCUGUCACUGAGAUUACCUGUGAUGAACUCUGUGCAGUGGAUGGGGACUCCCCCGCUCACAGGACCUGGCCUACUUGGUGUCUGCACCCAGCAAUGGACAUUUGGCUUUCAAGUCCAUUCCUGGACGUAGCAUCCAGAACUUCACCCAGGCUCAGAUCAACAAGGGCCAGCUAG